AUGGUGCUCUGUGCGCCCAGGCGGCUGUUCUUCGGCCCUCCCUUGCACAACGCGGGCGUCAAUGGUGCCGCCGCUGCCGCCGCCCCGCUCGAGCUGUCUGAGCUGACGGCUGUGGGGCCGCUUGAUGGGCGGUAUGCCAGCAAGGUCGCGGGCUUGCGCCGCACCUUCUCCGAGUACGGCCUCAUCCGAUUCCGCGUGCUGGUUGAGUGCCGCUGGCUGCAGAAGCUGAGCGAGCUGGAGGGCGUGAGCGAGGUGCCCGCCUUUGGCCCGGGCGCCACUGCGCUGCUGGACCAGCUGGCCAGUGAGUUCAGCGUGGCCGAUGCGCUGGAGGUGAAGGGCAUCGAGGCCACCACCAACCACGACGUCAAGGCCAUUGAGUAUGUGCUGAAGCACAGGUUCCAGGCAGACCCGGAGCUGGCCAAGGUGCUGGAGUUCACCCACUUUGCCUGCACUUCUGAGGACAUCAACAACCUGAGCCACGCGCUGAUGCUGCGCGAGGCGCUGCACUCGGAGCUGCUGCCCGCCAUGGACAAGGUCAUCGGGGAGAUUGCCAGGCUGGCUGAGGAGCAUGCCGAGGUGGCUAUGCUGUCCCGCACGCACGGCCAGACCGCGUCCCCCACCACCCUGGGCAAGGAGAUGGCCAUCUUUGCCUACCGCCUGGCCCGCCAGCGCAAGCAGGUGGCGGCGGUGCCGCUGUUUGGCAAGAUGGCGGGGGCGGUGGGCAACUACAAUGCCCACAUGAGCGCGUACCCUGGCGUGGACUGGGAGGCGGUGGCGCGGGAGUUUGUGACCUCGCUGGGCCUGGACUGGAACCCGUAUGUGACGCAGAUCGAGCCGCACGAUUACAUCGCAGAGCUGUUUGACGGCGUGAUGCGCUUCAACAGCAUCCUCACCGACUUUGACCGGGACCUGUGGUCGUACAUCAGCCUGGGCUACUUCAAGCAGCGUACCAUCGCCGGCGAGGUCGGCUCCUCCACCAUGCCCCACAAGGUGAACCCCAUCGAUUUUGAGAACAGCGAGGGCAACCUGGGCAUCGCCAACGCCACCAUGGGCCACCUGGCAGCCAAGCUGCCCAUCUCGCGCUGGCAGCGCGACCUCACAGACUCCACGGUGCUGCGCAACCUGGGCGUGGGCAUGGGCCACUCCAUCCUGGCCUACCAGUCCAGCCUGCGCGGCAUCAGCAAGCUGCAGCUGGACGCCGCCCGCGUGGCCGCAGACCUCGACUCCUCCUGGGAGGUGCUGGCGGAGCCCAUACAGACAGUCAUGCGCAGGUAUGCUGUGCCGGAGCCGUACGAGAAGCUUAAGGCCUUCACCCGCGGCCAGGCGGUGACCCAGGCCAGCAUGCAGGAGUUUGUGAGCGGCAUUGACGGCAUCCCCGAGGGCGCCAUGGCCGAGCUGCUGCAGCUGACGCCCGCCACCUACAUUGGCAACGCCGCGCAGCAGGCCAGAAACAUCCGGAAGCACCUGGCCGCUCUCUGA